AUGGAAGAGCAUGAUCUUACUGGGUUCGGGUUUAAACGGUUGUCCGAGCCUACGUGGGAGGUCAAAGUCACUAGGUUUGGAAAAGGGUGGUUCGGAUGGAUAUCACGUGACAGAGAGGUUGAUGCCCCCUGGAAAAGAGAAGGAGCAAGUGAAUUGCUUUUUAGGUUAGAGUGGACAAUGGGGGCAUGUAAUAAAUAUCACCUGCUUGGACGGUUGACACGUCAACUUGGAGUUGCGGAAGUAAAUAAAAAGAAGGUGACUUCUAAAGUACACAGGAAACUAGCGUGGCUUGCGGGAGGAGGUGGCUGCCAGCUGUCAGUGUCCAUCGUCUACCUGUCCUUUUGUGCACCAUGGACUCCAUCCUCUACCUCAAGAUAUAUCCAGGCAGCCCAGCAACCCAAGUCUCUCACAAUCGGGUCCACCGAGUUAAAUUUGUAUUGGGAUGCGUGA